UCAUGUUUCAUAAUUUGCCCGGCACGUGGGAAAUCGUGAACGACGCGGCCUCCUUAACGAACGGUAACAACUCGCUUAUUAAGAAGUAAGACGCGUUUUGCUAAACUUAUUGAUGCUAAACACCAGAAGUAAGUUUCACAAGAUCCAAAGAUCCUCCUCCCAUAAAUGAAAGUUUAGCCACCAUAGCAUGUCAUCGUACCUUAGUUGUCACGAUCCUCGAAGAUCACUCGGCGGCGACACAAACAAGACGCAAGACGCGAGUAAAUCUUCCUCGAACAGUUUUAUCUCGAUAGGUCAUCUUCAACAGGCAUAUAAGGAGAACUCUGAAUCAACAGAAUGCAGGUCUGACCCAAUUUGGAACGAGGUGGCCAAGCGAUAUCAAGAGAUUAUUGAAAAAGAAUACAAAAUGUUGGGCCAGUAUUAUGACGAUCAAAUGGUUACCCAAAGUACCAAUGGUACAUCUAAGGUAUUCGCUCGUGUGCUUUUAAAUGGACAUGACGGACUGCAAUCGCAAGGGAAGGACCUGUCAUGCAAGCAAACAGAGACGCGUGCGGAAACAGGAAAUGGCACCACAGAGGUUUAUGACUGCACCAGUAGUGUUAUCAAAAAGACAAAGGAUACGAAGGUCCUUCCUAAAAUUUUGGAUGUCUAUAGUCUGAAUUCCACCAAAAUAAGUAAUAAAACAACUGGCGUUGUCAGUUUUCGAGGAUUUCGUCUAAAUGAGGGGGACCGAGAUGAGUUUUCGUUGGAACACGGUGAAACCGCUAAAAAGGUUGUUCAAAAUCCUAAUCUUUGUCUCCCUAGUUCAGGCAAGAAGUCUCCUUCGCCUCCCGAUCAAAUAAUAGAUCUUACCAUUGACGACGACGAAGAAGAAGAAGAACAAACAGUUGUCGACAAAGGAUCUGAUAAGAUUUAUGAAAAUAUCUCGUGGACGAAUUCCAUUUCGGCUAACCAAAGUCAGCAUGACGAGUCAAAGGAGAAAAUUCAAACAGCUGAUGAGGAGAAAGAUAUUGCAACUAAAACGGAAUAUAGCCAAAACAAGCGCAAAGGUGGAGGCAAAUACAACAAGAAAAGAAAACGGAGAUGUCCAGCAAUAUACCGUGACAGUUUGAACAAGUGCGAUGCCGAAGGAUGUAACAAUGACAGAGAUCUGUGCCACUGUAGUAACAAUAGCGAAGUUGACAUUCGCAGCGAUGGUGAUAAACAAAAAUUAUGGGACCAGAACAAUAUCAGCAGGUCGAUUAAAGACGAAAUAAGUCAAAUUACAGAAGAAAGGGAUCAAACUUUAAUUAGCAGUGGUGUUGUCCAUGGCGCGAGUGGUGUGUUGGACUUAUCGUAUCGUGCGAGCAAGAUUACGACACUUAAAGCCAGACUAGCCAAGCAAGAAGAAGAGCUUGCUAGGCUUAGAAGUCAGAAGGAAAGAUUACACUUCCAAUCAAACCAUAAAACCUUGGAUGCACGUUGCGAAUGGUUCUCAAGUCGGGCAGAUUUAUGUACAAAGGCAGAUCUAGAACGAAAGGAACCUCAAGGCACUGAUUUCAAUAUACAAUCUCUCAACAAUGGAGAGGAAGAAGGUGAUUUUAAAAUAGUGAGUGUAGAUGACAUAUGUCAGCACGUAUUAAAGUCAUUUGAUAUUUUUAAUGCUCGCCAGUUCAUGAACAGGAAAAAAGAAAAGACGGAGCCGCAUUCUCCCACUGAUACUUGCGCGCUGAAGAAGGAGGAUGGCAAAAGUAUCUCCUUCCAAACGGAUCAAGAUAAAUUUCUGUUGGAAUGUGGUUUGAAAAGAAGAUCUAUAAACAGCAAUUAGAAUUUGAUCUGUUCAAGGAAAGGACAUGAUAUGGUUUUACGUGCACAGUUGCCCAGGAUUUGCAAGUUUUGAACUUUGACCAUACACAUUGUCUGUCUCUGCAACAUAUCACACCUUAAGUAUUAUUUGCUUUUCAUUAUAGUGAUUUUUCCUCUAAGAAGAAAUUGUAUUUUCCAAAUAGCUAAAUUUUCCUUAUCGAUUAUUCGUCACUUAUUUAAAGUCAAGGCUUUCACUAUACAAUGGGGAAGGAAGUAAAUUUGUCAUGCAUAUAUUUUGUCGUGUAGUAUUGCUCCCAUUUUCAACUGUGAGCAAAUCCUUGACAAACAAAUUGACGUUUCUUAUAAAGAGUGCUUAAUCCAUGUAACAGGUUUGACUUGUGUGAGUUGAAGUUUACUGGUUGUAGAACCUUGUUUCGGCUCACCACCUAGACAAAUUUCUACUGGGUAGAGAUUUCAAGGUAGAUGUUUCUCGUCUAAAGCCCAAAUAGUUCUGCCUUAUGCAUCUAAAUUUAAAGAACAUGUUCAUGUUCAGUUAACGAAUUCUAGGAAACUAUAAACAAUAAAUCCGUGGCCGGCAAAGCGGUGACUUUAACUGCACUGACAAGUAGUGGCCCAAUAGGACGAUAGGACUCUAUGAAUCUUCUUCAUCCAAUUUCAAAAUUUAAUUCAUACCUUAAAAUUGAAAUUCUAAGCAACA